AUGUCAGAAAUAGGUGAGAGACAAGACAGCACCAAAAACCAAAAAAUAUGUUUAUAUAUUAUAUUUGGACUUUACUUAUUACUCUUGCUUAUUUGUUUAUCAAAAAUGCUGAAGGCUUUUCUUCUAUACCGAUUUUGGGGGCUGAUUAGAGCUAAGAUCUCAUAUUGUAUUAUUACCACUGUCUUAAUCCGUAAAUUCCUAUAUAGUUCGCAUCAUGUGGGCAGCGGAUAUAUUUUUCAAUUACUCUGACUUCACUUAUGAUAUGCUUGAUGUGCUUCCUUGCGCUACUUUUACACUCCUAGGAACGACUUUUGCCCUAUUUUGGAUUGAGAUGUACAUAAAUACCAGUGUUCAGCUUUCAGAUACCCAAAAGAGAGCUUAUAACUUGGCAGCCUUCUCAGGCUUUAUUUUUGUCAAUUUUUUGAACUAUAGUUCUCACAUUUUUAUAGUCGUGAUGUCUUAUGAUGAUAAAGGAUUUCUCAUUUUUGGCAGAGUGUGGCAAAAUUUGGUAAUCGUCAAUGUAUCUUUUUUUAUUUUUACGACAAUUUGUUUGGCUUUUGCUGGCAAACUUUUGUCAACUCAUGUGAAAGAUAUGUUUAAUGGGCCUACUGGUGAGUUUGUAUCAAAAAGGAUUACAUAUAGCUCAUACCCCUAUAUAGAUUUCUAUAUCGAACAAAAUGCAAUGGAUUAUUGAACGACCAAGAAAGAUUCACUCAAAGAGAUGAGCUUGAUUUGUAUAACAGGAAGAUUUAAAAAGUGACAUGCCAAAAAAUGGUGACAAGUGUAAAAAAAGUUGACAAGCAAACGCGCCAAUUUUUAAAAUUUUAAUUUCUUGAUAAAUAUCUUUUAAUAAAUAUGGGAUUAUUUUUAAUUAAUUUUUAUAAAAAUAAGCCCCCUUUAUCGACCAAAUGUAAAAUGCCUCCUGGCGCCGAGCAAACAGCGAUGAAGCAUCUUUCCUUCAAACCAUUACAAAUCGUUAUUAUUUGACUUGAAUUUUUAUUUGCCCAAUGAAAUUCUUUUGAGUCCUCUUGCAUUAUAUUAAACUCGUUUUCGCAAAUCACUUUUGUUCAUUAAAAAAAGGGCCUUUAUCGAACAAAUAAUUUUUUAAAAAUAAGUGCCCUUUAACGAACAAAAAAUGUCUCCUAGCGUGGAGCAAACAGCGAUAGAGCAUCUGUCCCUCAAAUCACUGCAAAUCUCUAUUAUUUGACUUGACUUUUUUAUUUUUCCCAAUGAAAUUCUUUUGAGUACUCUUGCAUCAUUAUGAACUCGUUUUUACAAUUCACUUUUGUUCGUUAUAUUUUUAUUAAUUUUUUAAAAAAUAAGCCCUAUUUAUCGAACUAAUGUUAAAAUGUUUCCUGGCGCGGAGCAAAUAGCGAUGAAGAAACUUUCAUGCAAACCCUGCAAAUCUCUAUUAUUUUGCAUGAAUUUUUAUUUGCCCAAUGAAAUUCUUUUGAGUCUUCUUGCAUCAUAUUGAACUCAUUUUCAAUUUCACUUUUGUUUAUUAUAUUGAUAUUAUUUUUAAUAAAUAAUCUCCAUUUAGCGAACAAAUAAUUUUAAAACAAAGCCCUUUAUCGAACAAAAAAUGUCUCCUGGUGCUGAGCAAACAGCGAUAAAACAUCUGUCCCUCAAACCAUUGCAAUUUGACUUGAAUUUUUAUUUACCCAAUGAAAUUUGUGUGAAUCAUCUUGCAUCAUAUUAAGCUCGUUUCCGCAAUUCACUUUUGUUCGUUAUAUUUUUAUUAAUUUUUUAAAAAAUAAUCCCUAUUUAUAGAACAAUAUUUUUUUAAAAAAUAAGUCUCCUGGCGUGGAGCAAAUAGCGAUGGAGCAUCUUUCCUUCAAACCAUUGCAAAUCGUUAUUAUUUGACUUGAAUUUUUAUUUUCCCAAUGAAAUUCUUUUGAGUCCUCUUGCAACAUAUUAAACUCGUUUUCGUAAAUCACUUUUAUUCAUUAUAUUUUACUAAUUUUUUAAAAAAAAAGGGCCUUUAUCGAACAAAUAAUUUUUUAAAAAUAAGUGCCCUUUAACGAACAAAAUAAUUCUCCUAGCGAGGAGCAAACAGCGCUGAAGCAUCUGUCCCUCAAACCACUGCAAAUCUCUAUUAUUUGACUUGAAUUUUUAUUUUCCCAAUGAAAUUCUUUUCAGUCCUUUUGCAUCAUAUUAAACUCGCUUUUGCAACUUACCUUGCUUGUUAUAUUUUUUAUUAUUUUUUAAUUUAUCGAACAAAUAAUUUUUUUUAAAAAAUAAGCCCCUUAUCGAACAAAAUAUGUCUCCUAGCGCGGAGCAAACAGCGAUGCAACAUCUUUCCUUCAAACCACUGCAAAUCGUUAUCAUUUGACUUGAAUUUUUAAUUUCCCAAUGAAUUUUUUUGAGUCCUCUUGCAUCAUAUUAAACUCGUUUUCGUUUCUUCAUUUUUGUUCGUUAUUAUUUUAUUAAUUUUAAUUUAUCGAACAAAUAAUUAUUUAAAAAUAAACCCUUUAACGAACAAAAAAUGUCUCCUGGCGCGGAGCAAAACAGCGGUGAAACAUCUUUCCUUCAAACCACUGCAAAUCGUUAUCAUUUGACUUGAAUUUUUAAAUUUCCCAAUGAAAUUCUUAUGAGUCCUCUUGCAUCAUAUUGAAUUCGUUUUCGUUCCUGAUUUUUGUUCGUUAUUAUUCUAUUAAUUUUUAAUUUAUCGAACAAUAAAUUUUUAUAAUAAGCCCCCUUUAGCGAACAAAAUAUGUCUCCUAGCGCGGAGCAAACAGCGAUGCAACAUCUUUCCUUCAAACCACUGCAAAUCGUUAUCAUUUGACUUGAAUUUUUAAUUUCCCAAUAAAAUUCUUUUGACUCCUCUUGCAUCAUAUUGAAUUCGUUUUCGUUCCUCAUUUUUGUUCGUUAUAUUUUAUUAAUUUUUAAUUUAUCGAAAAAAAUAAUUUUUUUAUAAUAAGCCCCUUUAACGAACAAAAUAAUUCUCCUAGCGAGGAGCAAACAGCGAUGGAGCAUCUUUCCUUCAAACCAUUACAAAUCGUUAUUAUUUGACUUGAAUUUUUAUUUUCCCAAUGAAAUUCUUUUGAGUCCUCUUGCAACAUAUUAAACUCACUUUCGCGACUCACUUUUUUGUUCAUUAUUUUUAUAUUAAUUUUUUAUUUAUCGAACAAAUAAUUUUUUAAAAAUAAGUGCCCUUUAACGAACAAAAAAUGUCUCCUAGCGCGGAGCAAACAGCGAUGGAGCAUCUGUCCCUCAAACCACUGCGAAUCUCUAUUAUUUGACUUGAAUAUUUACUUUCCCAAUGAAAUUGUUUUGACUCCUCUUGCAUCAUAUUGAACUCGAUUUUGCAACUCACUUUGCUUGCUAUAGAAAUUUCCCUUAAAUGGCGCAGUUUGCCCUUGAUUUGCCCACCGAAAAAACUUUUUGGUUCGACCAGUACCAUAUGGUUUGGUCAAACCAAAAAAAAAAUUUUCAGUGGGCAAAUCAAGGGCAAACAGUGCCAUCUAUGGGAAAAUUCUAUAUAUUUUUAUUAUUUUUUAAUUUAUCGAACAAAUAAUUUUUUAAAAAAUAAACCCUUUAACGAACAAAAUAUGUCUCCUAGCGCGGAGCAAACAGCGAUGCAACAUCUUUCCUUCAAACCACUGCAAAUCGUUAUCAUUUGACUUGAAUUUUUAAUUUCCCAAUGAAUUUUUUUUGAGUCCUCUUGCAUCAUAUUAAAUUCGUUUUCACGACUCAUUUUUUGUUCAUUAUUUUUUUAUUAAUUUUAAUUUAUCGAACAAAUAAUUAUUUAAAAAUAAAACCCUUUAACGAACAAAAGAUGUCUCCUGGCGCGGAACAAACAGCGACUGAGCAAUAAGUCUUGAAUUAACUGCAAAUCUCUAUUAUUUUACUUAAAUAUUUAUUUCCCCAAUGAAAUUCUUUUGAGUCCUCUUGCAUCAUAUUGAAUUCGUUUUCGCAAAUCUCUUUUGUUCAUUAUAUUUUACUAAUUUUUAAAAAAAAAGCCCUUUUUUGAACAAAUAAUUUUUUAUAAAUAAGCCCCUUUAUCGAACAAAAAAUGUCUCCUAGUGCGGAGCAAACAGCGAUGGACCAUCUGUUCUUCAAACCACUGCAAAUCUCUAUUAUUUUACUUGAACUUUUUUAUUUUCCCAAUGAAAUUCUUUUGAGUGCUCUUGCAUCAUAUUGAUAUUGUUUUCGCAAUUCACUUUUGUUCGUUAUGUUUUUAUUAAUUUAUUAAAACAUAAGCCCCAUUUAUCGAACAAAUAAUUUUUAAAAAAUAAGCCUCAUUUAUCGAACAAAUGUAAAAAUAUAUCUAAAAAUAUUAAUUAAUCUCAGUCUAAUUGGGUAUCUUUAAUUUUAAAUUAAUUUAAUAAUAAAAGCCAUUUUUAAAAUUGGCGCGUUUACAUGUCAACUUUUUUCACACUUGUCACCAUUUUUUGACAUGCCACUUUUUAACACUUCCUGAUAUAGAGAUAGAGCUCAUCUCUUUGAGAGAGUCUGUUUUGCUCGUUCAAGAGUCCAUUACAUUUUGCUCGAUAAAGAAAUCUAUAUAGGGGUAUGAGCUAUAUGUCUCGAUAUUCUGUGGAAUGUGCUUUAUACUAAAAUCAAUCCUGCCUUUGCUGCUAUUUUCAGUUAGCUAUUCAACAGGAAAAUACCAAGAAGUUGAUGAUGUUUUUAUACUUUGUUAUUAUGGGCUUAUAGAAAUUAUUCCUAUUACGUUGGCUUUGAUAUUAAUCCAAGUGACUAAACCAAAUUAUGAAGAAGAUGAAGAUGAUUCUUUGCCUGAAGGUCUUUUGCCUAACUACGAUAAUUCUCUUUCUCCCAGCUCUACAUGUUCUUCAACUCAGCUUCAACUUAAAAAAAGACUUUUAAGUGUGGGCGAUGACUCUAUCUGCCAGGCUUUUUCAGAGAGGCUUACCGCAACAUUUUCAUCUUAUUACCCAUAG